ACCCGUCUGGUUUGAGCGCAUCUCCUCCGCAGCUUCCCACGUCCAGUUCUUAGCGCGCCUUCGCUCCUUCGCUGCUGUGCCGAAUCCUCCCAAUGCGCUUGGCGGAGAUGAUCAAGAAAAUGGGUCCCAGCGAGGUGGAGUUGAACAUCCCGGCCAAGAACUGCUACCGAAUGGUGGUGCUGGGCUCGUCCAAGGUGGGCAAGACGGCCAUCGUCUCCCGCUUCCUCAACGGCCGCUUCGAGGACCAGUACACGCCCACCAUCGAGGACUUCCACCGCAAGCUCUACAGCAUCCGCGGGGAGGUCUACCAGCUGGACAUCCUGGACACGUCGGGCAACCACCCCUUCCCGGCCAUGCGGCGCCUCUCCAUCCUCACCGGAGACGUCUUUAUUCUCGUCUUCAGCUUGGACAACCGGGACUCCUUCGAGGAAGUCCAGCGUCUGAAGCAGCAGAUCCUGGAAACCAAGUCUUGCCUGAAAAACAAGACCAAGGAGGACAGUGAGGUUCCUCUGGUCGUCUGCGGGAACAAAGGUGACCGGGACUUCUACCGGGAGGUGGAAUCCCGAGAGAUCGAGCAGCUGUUGGGCCAGGACUCCAAAAGGUGUCCCUAUUUUGAGAUCUCCGCCAAGAAAAACAGCAGCCUGGACGAGAUGUUCCGGGCGCUCUUCACCAUGGCCAAACUGCCCAACGAGAUGAGCCCAGAUUUGCACCGCAAAGUCUCCGUCCAGUAUUGUGACCUUCUGCAAAAGAAGACCCUCAAGGGUAAAAAACUCCUGAAGGACCCCUCUGGGGGUGGGACUGGGGAAGCCUACGGCAUCGUGGCCCCCUUCGCUCGCCGGCCCAGCGUCCACAGCGACCUCAUGUACAUCCGGGAGAAGGCCAUCCGAGGCGGCCAGGCCAAGGAGAAGGAACGCUGCGUCAUCAGCUAAGGCUUUCCUUGCUGGCCUUCGGAUCUUCCUGAGCAAGAAAGGAGCCAAGAGGUUCUUUGGCUAUCCAAACUCGGCCAGCCCGCCUGGGGGGCAUGCAAGCCUUCGGGCUGGGCCUGUGGGACACGGGGGGGGGGCCCUCCUCACUCUCCACGAGGAACAAACUCUGCCAUCAGCUCCCCGCGAUUAUUUUCCUCUUUGCAAGAGUUGGAGGCGAAGCUGAAACCGUCCAGCCGGGACCUGAGACCGGAGGUGGGACAUUGCAGACUUCAGUGGUGGCAAGGAGACCACUCAAGUCUAUGUUUGUGGUCAAAAAGACAGGGGGACACGGGAGGGGGGGAUUUGGUGGAGUGGCUAGUGGAACUCCCCGACUUUCUUAUGACUGUGUCUGUGAUGCUUUUUGUGUGCUGCCUCUGAGCACGUUGAAAAGUUUAAUUUGCUGCUGCUGAAAAUUGUCCAUGGCUUCUUCUCCCCCCCCCCCACCCCCGGCAUUGGGUGGGAGCACAGAAGGAGGGGAGACCCAGCAGGGAAGCAUUUGGAAAAACUGUUUACACCCCUCGCCCCUGACUGACAACCGCAUUGCAUUAAAGCCAACAGGCACUUUAUACACACAUGUAGAAUUAUCCGGGGGUUGUCAAGAUUGACAUCUUGCUUUGACGAUGUUUGACACCGGUUCUUUGUUAUAUCGGGGUGAGGUGUUUUUUUUCUAUGAAA